AUGCCACAAACGUAUGAAAUCCCAGCCAAUCAACGUCAGGCCGUGGACAUAACAGUGACCACAUCUAAAGGGCAGGUCGUGGGCAAGCAGUGGACUCCGAAACCAUCCAGUCAAGCGUCCUACGAUGCUUUCCUGGGAAUACCUUAUGGCAAAAUCUCCGGACGAUUUCAGCCAGCUGUUGAGCGAGAUCCUUGGUCCUCUCCACUCGCUGUUCAAGCUGAUGGUCCUGUCUGUCCUCAACCCAACGCCGUCUUCAGCGAGGACUGCCUCUACCUCAACGUCUUCACUCCUGUGGAUGCAUAUAAAACUCCAGGAACGUAUCCUGUGAUUGCUUACAUCCACGGGAGCGCCUUCACUGCUGGGUCAAGCGACUCCAGGUUCUAUGGUCCCGACUUUAUAGUUCCCGAAGGAGUAAUUCUGGUUACUAUGAACUACCGUAUGGGAGCGACAGGGUUCCUCUCGCUCGGCUCCUCCGUAGCUCCUGGCAAUCUUGGUCUGACGGAUACUCAGUUGGCCCUUGAGUGGGUCCAAAAGGAAAUCUCCGCUUUCGGAGGAAACCCGCAGCAAGUGACCUUGGCUGGACAGAGUGCUGGAAGUGUCAUGACCAUGUUCCACUACUUGUCCAACACCUCAUCAGGCAUGUUCGAACGUGCCAUAGCUCACAGUGGAUCAGCGUUGUCUACGUGGGGUCACGUGACAGCUGCUGAGGCGGUGAGACGUGCCAAGUUGCUGACUGACGCUGUAGGCUGUGACUCGAAGACGAAUGACACCGAGAUACUGAAGUGUCUACAGACUGUCGAUAUCAAAGCAAUCGUCAACAAUCAAAACAUCACUCUUCCUGUAGAAAACGUUGCAUCUGGAAACCAACUUCCUUUCGUCCCUGUUAUCGACACUAGCUAUGGGAAGCCAGCAUUCUUUACAGAUAGUUUGGAAAACCUCGUGAAGAACGCAGUGGCGAGAGCAAAGCCAUUGGUCACGGGAUUCACUACAGAAGAGGGAAUAUUUUUAAUCGGCAUGGAGGGAUGGAAAUCAGCGGAGGCAAAUCUCAAAGGGUUUAUUCCAAGAAAGAUCCAAGACUCGCUCAACGACCAGCAAAAAACUGCAUUGGGAAAAGAAAUUAAAAGUAAAUACUUUUCUGACACUUUCGACCAGAACAAAAUUUGGGACAUUGUCAAGCUUUACACGGACUACUUGUUUGCCUAUCCAUCGAUUGAAAUGAUCAAUUCAUUGUCCAAUAUAACGUACGCAUAUGUGUUCGGCUACGACGGCACCUGGUCAGCAAUGCCUAACUUCAUCUCCAAGUACCACUUCCAAGGGGUCUACCAUGGCGCAGACAUGGCUUACUUGUUCUACUCCUCUCAAGACAUUGGCUCCUGUACGACGAACAGCCCCAACUUGGUUGUCAAGGACUACAUGGUCAAAUGGUGGACCAACUUUGCGAAGAACGGUAUUCCCGAUGCCACUGGCCAAUGGGGUACAGCGUCUAACGGCUUCUUCCGCGUCUUCAACACAACGAUAUCAUCUACGAACUCGUCUAUCGUGCAAGAUAUUUACUACAACUUCUGGGAUAACUUGACUCCCGCCAGCUUAAGCUCUGCGUCCAGUUUUAAGACGAAUUUGGUUUUAAUUUCAUUACUUUGUAUCAUACUAAAACGAUUUUUGUAAACAUUGUAAAUAUUGUAAACCGGGAAAAUACAAGUAAUGUUGAGCUGGUAUAAACUUGUAAAUAUCUAUCGAGAUUUGAAAUUUCUAUUGAACAAUGUGUUAAUCAAAAAGACCAUACGUGUAAUGUUUCAUUUUAUGGUACACCAU